AUGGCAUACAAAGACUACAGAUUGAUUGUCAGCAGCCAGGUCAAAAACCAAUAUGGAAGUUCAAAAAAGCCACAGGCAAGCUAUCUCGCGGAAAAGGAGGAUAAAGCCCCAUCUCAUGAUCACUAUAUUCAAUGUUAUAUGUACAACAUUCAUGGCAUUCAACAGUUGCUUUGGUGUGGUAAUUCGCCGGAUCUCAAUGCAAUUGAAGCAGCUUGGCCUUGGAUGAAGCGCAGAACGAUGAAAAAGGGAGCUCCUAAGAAUCACACAGAAGCAGUUAGAGUAUGGGAGCAGGCAUGGAAGGAUCUGCCACAGGAGAAGAUACAGGCAUGGAUUGAGCGGAUUCCUGUACAUAUUCAAAAGAUUAUAGAGUUAGAAGGUGGCAAUGAGUAUAGAGAAGGAAGGCGGCACGGGCAGGUGGAGGAAUAG